UGCCCUGAGUGUGGGAAAAACUUCAUUCACGGAUCAAACCUUUCUGUUCAUCUGAGAAUCCACACAGGGGAGAGACCCUACAAAUGCAGUGAGUGUGGGAAAACCUUCAAUCGCAGCUCACACCUUAUUGCCCAUCAGAAAAUCCACACAGGGGAUAGACCCUAUAAAUGCUGUGAGUGUGGAAAAUGCUUCACUGAGAGUUCAGACCUUUCUGUACAUCAGAGAAUCCACACAGGGGAGAGGCCCUACAAAUGCAGUGAGUGCGGGAAAACCUUCAAUCGCAGUUCGGACCUUAUUAGGCAUCAAACAAUCCACACAGGGGACAGGCCCUACGAAUGCAGUGAAUGUGGAAAAUGCUUCACUAGCGGCUCAAACCUUUCUCAACAUCAGAGAAUCCACACAGGGGAGAGGCCCUACGAAUGCCGUGAGUGUUGUAAAACCUUCAGUCGCAGCUCGCACCUUAUUAGUCAUCAAACAAUCCACACAGGGGACAGGCCCUACGAAUGCAGAGAGUGUGGGAAAACCUUCACUCAAAUAUCAGCCUUUUCUCAACAUCAGAGAAUCCACACAGGGGACAGGCCCUAUGAAUGCAGUGAGUGUGGGAAAACCUUCAAUCGCAGAUCAGGCCUUUCUAGACAUCAGAGAAUCCACACAGGGGACAGGCCCUAUGUAUGCAGUGAGUGUGGGAAAACGUUCACUCAAAGUUCAGCCCUUUCUGUUCAUCAGAGAAGCCACACAGAUGAGAGGCCCUAUGAAUGCAGAGAGUGUAGGAAAACCUUCACUCACAGAUCAACCCUUUCUGUUCAUCAGAGGAUCCACAGAGGGGAAAGGCCCUAUGUAUGCAGUGAGUGUGGGAAAACCUUCACUCAAAGUUCAGCCCUUUCUCUUCAUCAGAGAAUCCACACAGGGGAGAGGCCCUACGAAUGCAGAGAGUGUGGGAAAACCUUCAAUCACCGCUCACACCUUAUUACCCAUCAGAGACUCCACACAGGGGAGAGGCCCUAUAAAUGCUGUGAGUGUGGAAAAUGCUUCACGAAGAGUUCAGCCCUUAUUCAGCAUCAGAGAAUCCACACAGGGGAGAGGCCCUAUGUAUGCCAUGAGUGUGGGAAAACCUUCUCUUGGCACUCAUCCCAUGUUAGCCAUCAGAGAAUCUGC